CUCCUCCUCCUCCUCCUGCGGCGCCCGGGCGGGGACGGGGCUCGGCGGGGCCGCAGAAUUAGUCCCAGCACCGUGACUUUUCCAUCAUGUCAGAACCCAUCACGCUCAAUGUUGGAGGAAAACUCUAUACCACCUCUCUGUCCACCCUGACUAGCUUUCCAGACUCCAUGCUGGGGGCCAUGUUUAGUGGGAAGAUGCCAACCAAGAAGGACAGCCAAGGCAACUGCUUUAUCGAUAGAGAUGGCAAAAUCUUCCGCUAUAUCCUCAACUUCUUAAGAACUUCUCACUUGGACCUCCCUGAAGACUUUCAGGAAAUGGGCUUGCUUCGACGGGAGGUAGAUUUUUAUCAAAUUCAGCCUCUGAUUGAGGCCUUGCAGGAGAAGGAGGUGGAGCUUUCCAAAGCGGAGAAAAACGCCAUGCUCAACAUCACCCUCGAUCAGAAGACGCAGACCGUUCACUUCACCGUUCGAGAAGCGCCCCAGAUCUACAGCCUGUCCUCCUCCAACAUGGAAGUGUUCAGCGCUAAUAUCUUCUCCACAUCGUGUCUGUUCCUGAAGCUUCUCGGUUCCAAACUUUACUACUGCUUCAACGGAAACCUCUCUUCCAUAUCCAGCUACCUGCAGGACCCCAACCAUUUGACCUUAGAUUGGGUUGCAAGCGUGGAAGGCCUUCCCGAAGAGGAGUACACGCGGCAGAACUUAAAGAGACUCUGGGUGGUGCCUGAUAAUAAGCAAAUCAAUAGUUUCCAGGUGUUUGUGGAAGAAGUGCUCAAAAUAGCCCUGAGUGAUGGCUUCUGCAUAGAUUCUUCUCAUCCACACACUUCGGAUUUCAUGAAUAAUAAGAUUAUUCGCCUAAUUCGAUACAAGUAGGAAUGGCUGUUUAUGGUGGUGCCAGCAUGGAGAUAACACAGGUUAAGUGUUUCCCUUUAAAACACACUUACGGCCUAAUUCAGAAUCGUGCUUACCUGGAUUAAGAGUCACUAACAGGGAGAUGAUUUUCCUUUAAUGUAUUUACCGAUGCGAUCUUCCAGAAUAUGUCCAUAUUCUAAACAGAAGGAAUAGAAGCGCCUGAAUUAAGGAUUGGUUCUGUCUCUGCCUCCACCUCUAACCUGCUGUACAACUGUGGGGAAAAUCAUGUAACUUCUACCCUUACUACAUUUUCCAGUUGGAAAAUGGGAUGGUCCUUAACCUAUCCUGCAAGGGUGAUGAGAAUGUUCAGUAAUCAAGAUCUGGAAAGCAGCUGGAGAUCUGAUGCGGUGAAAGAAGCCAUGGAGCUACAAUCCAGUGGCCAGCCCAGGGGGGCACAUUUUCCUUGUCUUACCAUGUCGCCUGCAUGGAGCACGCAAGAAACUUGUUGGUUCCACAGAGAAGAAGCCUCGCCACAUGGACACAUCCUAUAUAGCUGUAAAGGACGGUGCAAACUGCAAACGAGUAGGGGAUCCUGUCCUGUCGCCGUCCGAAGGUGACUCGUUUGUUUUUUUUUCCUGAACCCUGGGAGGAAGCCCCUGCUCUGUUCUGCUUUCAGGGAAGCCGUGUUUGAAUGAUGUGACUGAUGCUGGGAAUGACCAAGAAAGUCAUAACAGAGAGAAUGAUGUUCUUACAAAUUGAGAAGAUUGUGUCUGUUGGGGAACUUUGCUUUGGAUGCUCUUAAACCUUUACAUUCCAAAGUCAUCCAAGACCACUGGUCCUUUUCUUUCCCUUACAACACUAUUAUUUGUCCCGAGGAUGCUCCCAAAAACUCUCAGAGGUGAAGAUGUCAAGAGGGCAGAGGCCCCCAAAUAGAUUUUGAAUGGUUGAACCUCUUCUGCCUGGACACGGCCUUCUUUUGUCUCCCUUGAGCAGUGCCAGGAGCGUAUGGGAUGGUCUCGAGGUAGGAUGGAUUCCAUCUGAAAGGACUAUUUUUCCGUCAUUACCCCUAGUAUUUUUAAUUAUAAAACCAGGGGCUCAGUUUUCCUACCCCUGCACAUUGAGCCAUUUCUUACGUCCUUGUGAAGCGGUCAGACUGCUAAGGCAGCAUUUUGCCUUCUUGCUUGGAUUUACUGUCCAGUUGUCAGGGAGGUAAGGCAGGAGGAAAACAGAGGUGAUGACAAUGAUCAAGCCCUUUCCUAAAAGCCUGGCCUGUGCUAUAAUGAUCAAAAUGAUGAUUAGCUCUAGGCAUCAUUUGUGCCACGUUCAAGGUGGUUCAUUCUCAGCUAAUUAUGUUUGAAAGUAUCCUCGGUGUCCCUAACCAGAUUGCUACCAGUGUGCAUGAGAGACCCUCCAGAACAUUUCCCAUAACCUCUAAUGAGAUAGAAGGGAAAAUGCAAUAACCAAUUUUUGCAUUUGCAAUUUUAUUGCUUCCAAAAGUUCUUGGUAGGGGGCUGCAAAGCUCAGUAUCGCUCAUGUUCUUGUUUCCCAAAGCAGCUAGUCUGUUGCUGUGUUAAGCUGACCCAUAAGCAGCAUAAAGAAGUGUUUUGUACUGUUGUAAAAAACAGCGAGAGAAAUAUAUUUCUACUGUCCCAAGCUGUAAUUGCAUGAACAACACAAAUCAGGAUGCUGAUGGUAAAAAUCCACGUUCUGUAGUUAUUAACAACCUACUAUAAACUUCUUGCCCUGUCUGCCUUGGUGCAAGACCCACCAGCAUGAUGAUGGAAGUGGGACCAUGUUGUUAGGAAGCGCUGACUGGCAUUGAAAACCUCGGAACCAUUAAACCUGGCCAUUUUUGCGAGCCUUGAGGGUUGUAACCAGUAUGUUGUGGCCAAAUUCCAGCUUGUGGCACCAUUCUUCUGGGUUUAGCUGCAUUAGGAAGAACUUUCUUUUCCCCGCUCCUGCCCUGAACUGUGAAGCAGGAGUCAUCUGGUCUAGGAGUUGCCGCAUGCCACUGACAAAGCAAAGCAAGGCCAAUGUGAAUCUUAUUUCUGCCACGAGUUUGCCAGUCAAUUGGACAUUCAUAGUGAUGAUCUAUGCAUGUGAUAUUAUUAUGAGCUAUAAAAUACCAUACCCGAACCCUCUUUCGUCAAAUCUAUGCCUUCAAAUAGGUAUGCCCUUGCUGAAUUUAUGAUAACAGUUUUUGGGGGAUGUCAACCGUGUAUUUUUUAAACUCAAGCCCUUGAGAGUAGAUUUUAAAUGAUUCGUAACAGGAAUUCUUGUAUGUCAGGACUAAGAGUACUAAUCUGUAAUUAGUUUCCUUUCAGCUUGAGUUCAUCAAGGGGCAAGAGCAGUGUGCUUAAAUCUCAUUUGAAAGGGGGGGGAAGGUCUGACCUACGCCCCUUAGAGCUCUGGAUUGGUACUACCCCAUUCUGUUUCAGAAAAAAAAAAAAAAAGAGAGAGAUUUGUAUCAUUCAUUUUCUGGUGAAAAGCAUGUAAGAGUCACCAAAAGCACUAUGCAUAGCUUUAUAGAGAGCUUUAAUCCUCCAUUUUGCCCCCACCCCUUUUUCUUUUCUUCAGACAGUAGCAGAACCCACACUAAAAGCAGUCAUAUAGUUCCUUAAAAAUCUGGGCAAGAAAUGAAGAGUGCCCCAACGUGGCCCUAGUAACUGGGGCAAUCUGCUGAGAUGGAAAUACGGGUUUGAAUCUCCACAGACCAAGGAGAGAACUGAUCCAGGUCUUCAUCUGGAGUGCCUGAACCCAUCAGGCUGUUAUGCAAAAGAUGGACCACUUGAAUCGACAUUUUUCUGUGCUCAGGUAACUAAAUCAGGCGAAGGUAGGGUUGACCACAAAUCUCUGUUAUUUAUUAAUAUGCAGAGAGAUGCAAAAUUUCCUACCAGUGUAAAGACAGGAAUGAAAACAGGCUUUGGGAGGAACACAAAAGCUUGAAAUACCUCUAAAUUGUUAGACAGAAUAAACACCUUUGAGAAUGAGGUAUUAUUUAUAGUACCACAGCAGUUCUGCGUGCUACCAAGUAUGUGAAAGAAGUGCUAAGCAAAUCAUCUGGGAUUGCAAUCAAACAUGUUAUACAAACGUAGUUGCUAUUUCAACGUACAUGCUAAGCUAAAUUUAUAGCUGCUCCCUAAUUUUGCACUCUGCGAGUUAUGUUGUAAUGACUGUUUGUAGGCACAUUCUCUCUCUGAAGCAUUUGUUCCCUUGUUAUCUUGAUAGCUGGCUUUUGCUUGCCUUCUUUUUCUGAGCCCUAGGGGUGUAACUUGCUUUUCUUUCACCAGUCAGUAGCACUGGUGAUUCUUGUUCUCUGCAGUUCUCCUGAGUUAAAGAAAAGUGAACAUGCACAAAGCCAUAUCAAGUGCUUAGGAUACAGCACAACCUCAUCUCUAGUCAUGGAAAGCACUUGACAUUUAUUAGCAGUAACAUCUAAAAAUUAUUUCACUGUUGGAGUGGAAUAUUUCCUCUGAGAACAAACUUAUUUUUUUCAUUAAAACAAGGAAAGAAUCUUUCUUUCCCUUAAAGUGAAGGAUGGUUUCUUCCACACCUCAGAGCUUAUCUCCUGUUCUGAUUCUGCCAUCAGCCUGUCCCCUUCACCACCUCCAUCUAUAAAAUGAGGCUGACAUGCACUUUAUUUUUUUUUUUAAUGGCCUAAAUGCUGAGAGAGUCGCUGGGUAGAGAGAUCAAUAGUUUUAGAGCAGAAAAACAUCAGAGUUAGGGCAGAUGAUAAAUAAGUUAUUAGCUGUACCAUAAUGGCAUUUUCAGACAUGUGCAUGUCCAUGGCACAGUGGGAUUUCUUAUAAGACAGAAAGAUUAUUAUAAAGCAUCUUAGUGGAGUCCAGAAAGAAUCAGUCAUGGAUUUAUCUUACGUGUUUUUUGGCUUGGUAUCUCUUAAUUGUCUAAUAAUGUCCAGUUAUGAUAAAAGGACUGAAACCAUACCUAAAUACUAAGAUGUCUUUGGGUCAUGCUGCUGUUGUUCAGAGUCAUUAGGAGACAGUGAGAGGAGUGUUUGUUUCUGCAGGUGGUGGUAGGGAAAUAAAAGGUGUAAAAUGUUAGACCUGGAAGAAUUCUUAAGUUAACAAGAAUGUGAAGGGAGAGAAUAAAGAAUCUAGGCGUGUUCAGGAAAAGAAAACAGCAAGGUAAACAAUGGAGACAAAGAUUUUGUAGUGGAAGAAGGCUGUGAUUAAAAUGACUCACUGGUCCUCUCCAGUUUUAAUCUCCUAUCAAGCAACUUAAAUAUUGUCCAUGCCAACAGUUAUGCUAGUACCCUGUCAGAUGCAGACAGCUUUGCUUAAAUUUGCACGUGCUUUAAAUCGCCAAACAUACGCACUGCUGUAGUUACCCAUAUUUUAACUUGGAUGCUGAAUAUAAAUUGCUACUUGAGUUUACUGGCAGUAAGUAUCUGCAAUCAAUCAGAUUUAUUCCCACUCUGGAGAAGGCUGGUGGAGUCUGUACAUAAAGUUCAAAGGGUUGAUAAAUACUGCCUUCAUCCCAUGCCAUGGACUGUGUAAAAUAAAUCUAUGAUCUUCUGAUACUUCACAGAUAAAUGGAGGAGUUAUGAAGAAGACUUCUUUUGGAAGCUUCGUUUUCACCCCAUCCCUUUUAACUUGGUGUCACUGCUCAGAAUUUCCAUGUCUUUGGGAAUAUGAAACUGUCCUUGUGGCAUGAGCAAAAUUCUUUAAUAUCUCCUUUACCCACACACUGCUGGUCACAAACGUGCAGGGUACAAGCAGUGCUAAUUAAUAUGUGAUGCUCCCAGUAAAAGUCUCGUACAUGAAUUAGUACAGUCAGACAUGUAGGUAUUCUAUGUGAGACAGGCUGGAUCAGACAUAAGUAUGCAGAUCAUGCUGUCAGAUUCACUCAGGAAUAAUAGGAGCAAUGGUUUUCCUAUGGAUUCAGAAAAUUAAAAAUAAAAAAAAAGGAGCUACAGGGGAGGGCUCCAUGGAGUAACUAAUAUAUUUUCUCUUCCUCCUCUUUCCAUUCUCCUCCCUCUUAUUUUCUUGUUCCUAACCCCAAUUUGGGAUUUUUCAGGAUUUUUCUGUUGAUCAGAACUUGGUCCCUGAUUCACUAAGAGCUAUACUUUUGAAUGAAUGCUUUUUGGAAAGUGUCAAAAGAUGGUUUUACUUUCUUACCACUUUUAUAGAGAUCCUGUAGGGUAUCACACUUGAAAAUCUGGUUGCAUUUAUCUGCCUGUAAGUCUUCUGUGAACUGUUACUAAUAUGUAUUUUAGAAGACAGUAAAUAAAAUGUGAAUGAAGCAGUA